UACGUGUGGGACGAGUAUUUUGAUCAAGAACAGUAUAAAAGCCUGCUCGAUUCUACCCAGUUCACAAUUCACUGACUGCCUCAGGUAAAAAGUCUGGAGCUCCUGUUUACUAACAACUGAUCAGGACAAUCUUCAUCACCAGUCAAGAUGUUCACAUCCCUACUCGCCAUCGCCUUCCUAGGCGGAUGCUUAGGAAUGCCCACCACAACCGACAUUCCGGAAACAAAUACCACAGACUUCAUUGAUUGCAGUUUGUACCGCCCUCGUCUGAUGACAUUCACAUGUAUGAAGUAUUCACACAAGGAGACUGGAUGAACGUAACUUGCCUCCAUGCUCUAGUCUGGGAUCAAGAUUUGUGCAGAUGCGAGAACCCUCCAACGGGAGACAUCGAAUGUCCCGCCCAUCGAGAAGUCCCAGGUGUACCUAACCAGUACCAGAUAAAUGUGUGGGGUGUCUGGCAGGAAGAGGCCUUGGAGUGUCCCAAACACCAGAUCUGGAAUCAAACUGGUUGUCGUUGCGAUUGGGACCCCGAAGGACCCGGUGGCGUGGUGGAAGCACCUGGAUUCGAAUACCCGACCCUGACACGAUCCUGUGACGUCAUGUUCAACGCAACAUUCGAUAAGGACAUCAAAGAGCACCAGUCCAACUACUACAUCGGACGUGAUCCUUGGGGGCAGUCAAGAUUGAGGAUGUUCAGGGAGCUAUUGGAGGUGGCGCUGUCCGCCUGGAUGACGCAAAAAUGGUCAUCUGGGCUUUGGCAGGUAACGACUUUUCCGACGCUUUCCAAAUCCAGCUGAGAUUCAAGGUGGACAUUGCCGAAGAUGGAUACAUCACACUUUUCUCCAACGAUUGUGGAAGCUCUGAUCCCUCAAUCAUCGUCAAGUACAACUCUCUUUCCAACCAGUACCAAGUGUUUUUCCGUGACAACAAUGGAACCACAACUCUCGAUUGUCAAGCCCAGUCCACCCCUCAAGAUUUCGUCACUGUCUCCCUAGAGUUACAGGAAGGGAGGUUCGCCCUUGUGGUUGAUGGCCAGGCUGCAUGUCAGCCCACAGCUUUCGCUGGUCAGCCUCCCAUCUCCCAGUGUCCUCUUACCUUGGGUGGGGAUCCUCUUGGAGUGGACAGCAACCUGAAUGGAUAUAUGGAUGAGAUUGUCAUCAGAAGAUACUGUGUCAUUACUGUUUAAGGCGGAUGGUCUGAUCAAUCUACAAGCUGUGAUGAAGUCGUUAUUUAAAACUGCACAGAAAGCCAAACAAAGAUUUAAAUCAUUGUAGUAAUAAAGGAAAUUUACUAACUUAUUUUCAUUUUUGCCAUUAAAGAUCAAGACAAUCCUAGUCACAGACACUCGGUCAUAUACCAGAAAUAUUGAACGAUCUCAGUAUUUGUCGCAAUUUGUGAAUGCCUUAAAUAAAAGAAUUAUUUUACUGUAAAA